GGCAGAAUGAGUGUGGAGUUGUGUCCCAUAUGUGGGGGAAAAGCAAAGCAGCACAUACUGCAAGCACUGGUCUGGUCUGGUGUGCUCUGCUCUGGGGAUUAACAUAGUGCUUUCACAUCUGAUGGAGGACAUGCAGGCAUGAAUAGGGCUUUUGUGUUGUCCGUGCAAGAGCAUGCCAGUGAUGGACUACAGCCCAACGGACAUUAACCGUCGCUGGCAUUCACAAAACAGCAUUCCUCUUUACUAAGACCAGCUCCACAGAAUGCUGAGUCCUAUUGUCCCCUAUAGCUUAUUAAAGAUGCACUGGAACCCAGAGCAUGCCCAGCCCCUCAGCCAGUGGCCUGAGCAGCACCUGGACGUCUCCUCCACAACCUCCUCUCCGGCACACAAGUCGGAAUUCUACUCCGGCCGCAGCCGCAACUCCUACAACUACUCUUGGGCCAAUGAUGACAUCUCUGCCCUCACAGCUUCCAAUCUGCUGAAGCGCUAUGCAGAAAAGUACUCUGGUGGGCUGGACUCACCGUAUGACCGGCCACCUGCUGUGGGCUCCUACCCAGAGCCAGGGGCCUUUGCGGGCCUCAACGGGCAGAAAACUGACCUAGAGCCCUGGCCGCUGACACACAGCGCUGAUGCCUCUUAUUCCCUCGUCCCCCCUGGAGUCCAUGAUACCCUCUCUGCUUCCAAGGCUGUAUCCACGACUGCAGGCCCUCCUGCGAUUAGCAGCGUGUCGGUGGUAAACAGCAACCUCUCAGACUCUGGCUACAGCGGCAGCAGCUCGUGCAGUGGAUCUGGCGAAUAUCCCUCCGGCUACAACGGCACCUAUCUCACCUCAGGAUACUGUCCACAACCCAGUGCAGCACUUCCUCCUGCUUCCCUCCACGCUAUUCAAUCCACCCCCACACUUGUACCCAGCUAUAGCCCUACUGCACCUGUCUAUAGCUACCCCCCCAGCACGUACCCGCCACAGUCCAGCCUUGCCCCCAAUUAUAGCCAUCCUUCUGCAACAUACUUGCCCUCAGGUCUGCCUGCACCAACUCCCAUUCCCCCCAGGCAAGCAGUGGUGGGAGGAAGCUAUAGUUACCAGAGCAACAACAUUGGCACAACUGAGUCUGGGGGGACAUUAAAAAGAAAAGCUUUUGAGAUGAGUGUAGAAGAGGAUGAGGGCGGUGAUAGUGCACGUUACAGGAAAUAUAACUAUGAACCAUUGAAGGUGAGAGAGAACUCCCCAUAUAGUGUGAAUGACAAAACAGAGUGCAGAGGAAACAGCUUCAGCAGUUCAGCAAGCAGCACAGAUCCAAAAAAUUUUAAGCCCAGUAAUCCCUCCUCUCAACCCCUGGUUUCUCCUCCGUAUGGGCCAGCCGGAGAGUACAGCCCUCCAGCUGGCAUGACAGGAGACAGUGCAGUGACGGAGCAAGCCUUCACUCAACAGCAGCACCGCUCUCAGGCCCACAAACGUUCUUCAUUGUGUGGUCCAACUGUUGAGACUCUGAAGAGUCCAGAGCCCAGUAUGUUGGACCUUAUUAAUGGGGAGAUUUUGGACUGCAGCCCAGCCCUCAGCUGGGGUGAGUUGGCCGGGCUCACCCACGUCAAAGCUGCCCUGGAAGAGGACCUACUGUGGCCUGUGUUGAGGCCGAGCCCAGUGAUGCACCCACCAAGAACCAUUCUGCUGUUUGGCCCCCGGGGAGGGGGUAAGACCACAUUGACCCGUUCUUUGGCUUCACAAAUCGGAGCCUCCCUCUACAAGCUGAGCGGAGCCAUGCUGGCCUCUAAAGGGAAGGUAGAAGCGGAACACAUUCUGGGGUCUGUGUUUCAGGUGGCGGGGUCACGGCAGCCAUCAGUGGUGCUCGUCAGCCAACUGGAAGCCAUGGAGGACGAAGAGGGGCUGAGACAGACACUGCACACCUUCUUAGAGAAAGCCCAAGUGGCCACUGGUUUGGUGAUUGUCGUUUGUUCCACCGGCAGGCCCGAUCUGCUGCAAGAUGCAGUCCAUCGCAGCUUUGCCAAGCGCUACCACGUUGGCCUGCCAGAUGCAGGCAUGCGCAGGCAGGUGCUGCUGCAGGCACUCUCGCCUCAGGGUUACAGUCUGACCGAGAGGGAGCUGAGCGCUGUGCUGCAGCGCACUGAAGGCUACUCCGUGUGGGAGCUACUGCAGCUCAGCCAACAGGCGCUCUCCUCGGCAUCAGCCCCCACUGGUGCCAUGCACGGCAUCCCUGCCACCUCCAAACCCCCAGCCUUCACAGACUUUGAGAAUGCCUUCUGCAAAAUGCGCCCACACAGCACCACAAAAGAACUAGACACUUGUAUAGAGUGGAGCAAGAUGUAUAGCCACUGACAAAGCAGCCAAGCACGCACUGUACUCGGACUGCUCAUGUCACCCGGUCUUCGCUUUGAUACAGCAAGCCUUUGUUUUCUUAUUACAAAUCACGCAACCAAGACAUGAGAGCUGACAUAUUCACUUUACCGACAUAAGCAUGCCAAGUGUGCUGUUUUUGUUUGGCUACGAAUAUCCACAAUGUUUUGUUUUUCCCAAAGAAAAUAAAUGUGAACUAACCGUGAUGAGUGACGUAGUGAAUACAUGGUUUGGCUAAUGGGAGAAUCAGAUAGCUAUUUGGACCCUCUCUUGUUUAGCCUUGGUCCAGGACAAAAUCAAUUGUCAGUUGCUAGGUGACGUGGUCCAAAAUAAUGGAUAAUCAGGGUUUGGAAAAUCCCGCAUUUUUCUGCUACUCUCAGGAUCCUAUUUAUUGCCAGUCCACUUCCAUGCACACUACUGCUAACGUUCCAUCUUUACUUUGGGAUCAGCAACAUUUCGGCAAACCAGUUUUCUUUGACCAAAAACAUGACAAACCAAAUCAGCUGUUGUGCUGUUCUAUUGUUCUAAUCAGACUGGAGCUCCAAGUCACAAUGCUACAGUAGCUGCUCGCCAAAUACUAAACAGUUACUCCAUGCUACUCUGAAGGUUCAUUUCAUUUACAUGUAUUCAAUCUUUUCAUGCCUGUCGACGUUUGAUCGUAACAAGUACUUCAUGUGUCUCGUCAUUGAUGCACCCCUUUAACACUCACACUUCAAACUGUUACAAUAUUUGCUUUAUUCCACUUGGACUGGUGUCCUUGACCUCCACAUACUGUACAAUAAACGGCGCUCACUUUCCUCAGUGACUGCAGAAAACCUUACAGUGAGCCCAUCUGCACACCAAACACGUCUUUGUCUAUUUCACACACUGCUUUUUCUUUUUGUAGUAUGUUAGUCUCAUUUGAAAUGCUCAGGAAGAAUUUCUUUACCUCAGAAUUAAGAAAUAAAGAAUGUAUGUAAUCUUAGGGUCUUAGUGGAUGAUGGCGCAGAGCGAGGUAAAGAAAGCGAGGAGAAACCUGACAGUCUGGUGAUAUAUAUAUGCUCUGCAGCUGGGCUUUUACCUCGGGAGAGAAACUUGAAUAAUGGUACAAGAGUAACAUUGAAUGUAAUUCAGGUAUUUCAAAGAAUAUUUGAUGCCAUAAAUCCAUGUAUUAUUAUAUAUGAAUAUAUAAAUGUUUUUUAUGUUCUUUUGCGUUUAUUUUUAUUGUAGUUUCUGGUGGAAUGAUGAUUGUCUUCAAGAAAUGCUAUAUAGAAUACGGAACAUCCUUUUUGCUGGACAAGCUCCUAGUUUUGCGUGAUGAAGGGUUUACAUAUCCUUGGGUGUGUAGUGUUUGAUGCUGUUAACAGUAUAAAUGUAACACAAAUUCAUAUGCUUCAGUUGAAAGUCAAAACGCAAGCAUGAUUAUCGAGAACGUUCAGGGUAACAAUUUCUAGUGUGCAUGUUUUCGAAAAAUUCUAUAUGUAGAUAAGGCAAAUUCUAGUUCUGUUGCAACAAGCUGAAAAAAAAUUGACUUCAAGUACAUACAAUAUACUGUAUGGACAGAAGUACAAAAGGACAUGCCACACAAUCCAAUACAUAAUGAAUUGAAUUCUCCAUCCAUUCAAAGCAUUUUGACAAUUGUAUCCUUCCACCUUAAUGGGAACAGUCUGAGUAAGGCCCUUUUCUGUCUCCCAGUGCACAAAGCAAGGUCUAUAAAGUUAAUAAAUAAAUGUAUGGAUUUAGUGUGGAAGAACUUGCAUAGCGGGUGCAUGGUGGCUUAGUAGUUAGCAUGUUGACCUCACAGUCAGGACAUUGAGCUUUUGAAUUUCAGUUGGAGCAUCUCUUUGUGGAGCUUUCAUGUUGUCCCCAUGCAUUUGUGGGUUUUCUCUGAGUACUCUGGCUUCCUCCCACAUCCCCAAAACAAGCAUGUUAGGUUAAUUGUAGACUCUAAAUUGUCUGUAGUUGUAAGUGUCAAUGGCUGGCUGGCUAUAUGUGGCAAGUAGUCCAGGGUGUACACGGCCUUUCGCCUGUAGCCAGUUUGGAUAGGUUGCAGCUCACGCGUGACCCUAAUGAGGACAAGCGGUAUACAAAAUUAAUGAAUGAAAUUGCACAGGCCAAUCAAACACCUUUGGCAUGAACUAGAUUAGAAGAAAGAUUGUUAGCCACUGUCUCACAAACAAAUGUCACACACACACAAAAUCUUGAAGCUUCACUUUCACUUCCUGAUGUCUGAAUACUAGUAUCCAUGUAGCAUAUUAGACCACCAUGGUCCUGAUGAUGUAAUAUUCCUCCCCGUCUCUUCCCAAUCUCAUCAGAUUGGAUCGCCUCCAGCCACACGGACCAGUGGCCAUGUGGUGUCGUGUCUCCCCCACUCCCCUCCUUUCCUGAUAGUGAUUCCUCUGAAUUGGAAGUGGUCUGAUUGAUGUCCGGCACAGUACAGCCUUUUCUAUCCAGCUGGUGGCUUCAGUCAUGCCAUAGCAUAUGAUCAAUCAGUAGCACCCUGCACCCCCCCCCCCCCACCACCACCACCACCACCACCACACACACGCACGCACACACACACACACACCCCAAAGCCCCCCGUGCAUCCUGACAGACUGAAAGCUCAUUACUAACCAGCUCAGCCUGCAUUCAUUAAGUAUUCAUCAUGACUUGUAACUCGUAACAAGACUAGUUUGUCCAGCAAAAAAAUGUUUUUAAUUUUUUUACACUUUGUUUUGCUCUGUAACAUUGUUCUUGGUUAUUGUACAAUUUCUGUAACAAUUUCUACCUCAUUUUUUUUGCGGCAUAUUGUACAUGAAAGUAUUUAUUUCAUGUCUUUUGUUGAUGUCUGUUUUGGAAAUGUUCUUGAACUGUAAUGGUCUACCUCAGAAAAGACUGUAUUUUAAGAGAAGAGUAUCACACAAUAUUAAACAGAAUUUGUCAAUAUUGCAUUGUGCUAAUUGUUUUGUUUAUUUCUAUGUUUUGUGCUCUACCUCGUGUAGUCUGCCAUGACCUCCAGUGCGAAGGUCAACACGGCAUUUUUUAGUACAGUAACUGCUUAAUCGUUUAAACACACAAGACUGAAUCAUGAUGUUUUUCAUUUUCUCAACCAUCAGCCGAGCGGUACAGUCAAGCAGGUCCAUAACAAACACAGGAAAGGUCUACAAGUGCAAACACAAAGCUCUGUGGGUAUUAAGGACAUAACAAAGACUAGUGCCCCCAUACAUCUAUGUCUUUUUAUGUGUCUUGCACGGUCCACAAGAGUAACAAAAGUGGUG